UUUAUUUAAACCAAAAACUCUCCGAGAUAGCCGUUGCCGUUACGAGAUAAAGAUUGAAAAAAACAAUAUACGAUGUGACCGUUACACACAACAGAAAAACUUUAAAAUAUAAGGACAAACAGACCUCGUCAGUCAAGACUCAAAACUCUAGUGACAGAGAAAGUUGAGUUAGCAAUGGCGGAUGAUCUAAUGCAGCAACUGAGGUCGAAAGCCACAGAGCUUUUACUCAGAGAGGAAUGGAAGGAAUCUGUACUCACCUACUCUCAGUUCAUCGCUCUUUGCCAAGACCAGCUUCAAAAGGCACAUGAUCUUCAACCUGAUCCAAAUAAUUUCUCCAAACUCCACAAAUCCCUCUGCCUAGCCCUUUCGAACAGAGCCGAAGCUCGUUUCAGACUUCGAGAAUUCGCGGAAGCAUUGAGAGAUUGCGAUGAAGCGUUGAGAAUCGAGAGUGCCCAUUUCAAGACUCUUUUCUGUAAAGGGAAGAUCUUGAUGAGCCUCAACAGAUAUGCCAUGGCGUUGGGCUGUUUCAAAACAGCUCUGCUCGAUCCUCAUUCUUGCGGGAUCUUUGAGAGCCUUAAUGGGUACGUGGAAAAGUGCAAGAAGCUGGAGUUUCUAUGGAGGACCGGAGCUUUCGAUAUCUCCCAGUGGAUCGUGAAUCGGUUCCAAGGAAAGUUUCCGGAGCUCUCCGAGUACAUUGGCCCUGUUGAUAUAAGGAAAUCGGAAAUUAGCGGGCGAGGGCUAUUUGCGACCAAGAACAUUGAUGCAGGGACUCUGCUAUUCUCCACGAAAGCAAUCGCCAUUGAGAGGAGUAUAUUGGGAGGAGAAGAGCCCAAUGAGAAUGCCCAAUUGGUCAUGUGGAAGAAUUUCAUCGACCAAGUCAACAAGUCCGCUUGUAAGUGUCCCGAAACCCGCAAUAUGAUCGGAAAGUUAUCAUCUGGAGAAGAAGAAUAUGGCCUUGAAGUUCCUGAUAUAGGUCUAUUUAGGCCAGACACAGAGAACACCGAGGACAGUGCAAGCUUAUCUUCUGAAAAGCUUGAUGCUAACAGAGUUAUAAGUGUCUUGGAUGUGAACUCUCUUGUUGAAAAUGGCGUUUCAGGUAAGGUUUUGGGGAAGAACAGUGAUUAUUAUGGCAUUGGGUUAUGGGUUUUGGCUUGUUUCAUCAACCAUUCAUGUGCACCCAAUGCUAGGCGAGUACAUGUUGGAGACUAUGUAUUGGUUCAUACUUCUAGAGAUGUCAAGGCAGGUGAGGAAAUCACAUUUGCUUAUUUUGAUGUUCUUUCUCCAUUGGAGAAAAGAAAGGAGAUGUCUAAGAGUUGGGGGUUUGAUUGUGAUUGCAAGAGGUGUAAAUUCGAGGAAGAGGUUUCUUCAAUUCAAGAAAUGAGAGAGGUUCAGAUUGGAAUGGAGAGAGGAAUAGAAGCUGGGGGUGUCGUUUAUAGGUUGGAGGAGGGAAUGAAAAGAAUGAUGGUGAGGGGCAAAGCAAAAGGCUAUUUGAGGGCAUCCUUUUGGGCUGCGUUUUAUGAUGCUUAUAGCUCCGAAAAAUCUGUGAAAAGAUGGGGUCGACGGAUUCCUCCGGCAGAUUCGGUGGCAGAUAGUGUUGUGGAAGUGGUGGGAAGUGAUGAGAGAGUGCUGAAGGUUUUAUUGGAAAGAUUGAAAAAGAGUGGUAGCGGUGGUGGUGUGGUGGAGACUGAGAAAGCUUUGAAAGUGGGAAGAGGACUGUAUGGGAAAGUAGUGAAGAAGCAAGCUAUGAAGACUCUUUUAGAUGGCCUUUGCUACUAUUCAUGAACAAAAGCAAGCUUUAUAGGUGGUGGGGUGGCUUUGCUCUUCAUGAACGAGAAAGCUAUUGGCUAAAUAGCUACAAAGUUUUAUGAUUUUCCUUCUUUACAAUACUUUCAAAUUGUUCAUUUUUCUAAGACAUACAUAACGGGUUUGUAAUUCCUACUGCCCCUGUUACAAUGAAUCCUCAUGAUUUGUGGUACUCUAUUUUAGUGUUUGACAUGAAUUAGAUUUCAUGCAAUCUAUAUAGUAUAUAGUUCAUUAUACUUUGACGGUGAACAAUCAAACUGAGAACGCAAAUUAAGCACAUUAUUCAAAAUAAAAGGCAUAAUUGAUUUCGUCCAACCAAUACAUUCACAAUGUAUCCUACCUGGGCAAAUUUAGAAAGCUAAAUUAGGUGGUAGU